CUACUCCCUAGCAUAGCAGCAAUUUUUUGUUUUUUUAUGAACGGGUUGAAUUACUUUGAAUAAAGGGAGAGAGAGAGUAUCUUCGAGACCUAACCUAGCAGACUCUAGCGCAUUGCGCCUAACUCUAUCGACCAAGUCAUCUCCUUCAUUCCUUCUCUGUUUGCGUCUUAUAGCGCACACAUUCUACUCCCUCUAUCUGAAGAGUCUGGAAGGAAAAGAGCGUUUGCUUUAUGAGAAGAAACGCAAAAUUAGAGAAGCUCUUGAAGAGGGAAAGCCAAUCCCAACUGAACUCAGAAACGAAGAAGCAGCUCUUCGUCAACAAAUCGACCUUGAAGAUGAACACACAGCUGUGCCUAGGUCUACUAUUGACGAUGAAUAUGCACAUGCUGCUGAAAAGGAUCCCAAGAUUUUGAUUACUACUUCUCUCAACCCAAGUGAUCCUCUAACUCGAUUUGUCAAGGAAUUAAAGAUUGUAUUCCCUAAUGCGAUACGAAUGAAUCGUGGCAGUCAGGGAAUACCGGAAAUCAUUGAAACUUGCCGUAGUCAUGACUUUACGGAUGUGGUUUUAGUUCAUGAGUUUCGAGGAGUUCCUGAUGGAAUUAUCAUCAGUCAUUUACCUUUCGGUCCAACUGCCCACUUUAGAUUACUCAAUGUGGUAACAAGACAUGAUAUUAAGGACAAAAAGGCUAUGGGAACAAUGCCUGAGGCUUACCCUCAUCUGAUAUUUGACAACUUCUCUACUAAGCUUGGUGAAAGAACUGUAAAUAUUCUAAAGCAUCUGUUUCCAGUUCCAAAGCCCGACACGAAACGUAUUAUCACAUUUGCUAAUCAGUCUGAUUUUAUCUCAUUCAGACACCAUAUCUAUGAGAAACGGGGAGGUCCCAAAUCAAUUGAACUGAAAGAGCUUGGCCCUCGAUUUGAACUUCAGCUUCAUAAGAUCCAGCUAGGAACUGUGGAUCAACAAGAAGCUCAAACCGAAUGGGUCAUGAGACCAUAUAUGAACACCUCCAAGAAAAGGAACCUUCUUGGGCAGUGACAGUUCUGUUUCAUUCUUUUCAUGAGUUUGGCCAUACAAGAGUUUUGCUUGUAAAGAGAGCAACUUGGUACCAUGAGGUUUGUGUUUGUGCUGUUAUACUUUAAAAGGAUUUGGUCUCUGGGUUACUUUCAAGAGGGUAUCAGUUCGCUAUGAGACAACCAGUUGGUCAUUAAUCUCGAUUGCUACUUAGUUUCAGACUUAUCCAUUGCCCCGUGUAAAAGUUUGGAUUUUCCGAGGGGAAUUUGGGGAGUUGGAAAUUCUAGUCUUACAUAAUUAUAUGCCAUUUCACUUUUAUUGUUGCACACUUAUUUUGUGUGUUUGUGUUUUGUUUUUGUCUUAUUUUUCUUAAUUUCCCUUCUGGAAAGAAUAGUUAGUCUUGGUCCUCUUGGAGAAUGGGCAUUCUCCUCUUUGUGGAAGCAGUCUUCACCCUCUUACCCCACACAAUUACACCAUCUUGUGACUUUCUGGUAGUGCUCUUUCGUAUGUCAAAACUUGCCAGUGAUGCAUAUUGCAUUGCUUAAAGAAUG